CAGGGACAUAUAGCCAUUCUUUUGUAGUAACUUUGAAUGGAGUUUAUAAAAAUAUUGAAUCACUGUGUUGUACACCUGAAACUAAUAUAAUAUUAUAAAUCAACUGUACCUCAGUUAAAAAAGAAAGGCUGAUUAUGUAACUUGCGCAUUGAUUCUAAGUUGCCUUGCAGGCUUUCCUUUGAAUUCCUGUUUUGACUGAUUGUGCCAGAGUUGGUGUCUGUUGUUUGCAACCCCGUCACCCUGGCAAUUACUGUCUUGGUCAGUGGGGAAAAUGCUGCAUGUCCUGUGAGGCUGGAAGUGAACUAGAAGCUGUUGUCAGAGGUGCGGGUGGCCGUGUCCUUUAGAAAAGCACAUCAAGAACCUGGGUCCUGGGUGAUUGUGCUGAACACCUGAAUUAAGCAGUGCUGAUUAAGCCACCUCUUCUGGAUUUCUUUUAAUGAGAAUCAUGAAAAAUUUGGUCAACCCAAAGCCCUUCACAUCUGUGAUCUUGCCUUCAUCCAGGCUGGUUCUUGUGCUGAAACACCACAAUGGUGCUGCCCACAAACUGGUGUGUUAUUUCACCAACUGGGCAUUUAGUCGUCCCAGCCCUGCCUCCAUCCUGCCCCGGGACCUGGACCCCUUUCUCUGCACCCACCUGGUAUUUGCCUUUGCCUCGAUGAACGACAAUCAGAUCAUUGCUAAGGACCCCCAGGAUGAGGAAAUCCUCUACCCAGAGUUCAACCAGCUCAAGGAGAGGAACAGGGAGCUGAAAACACUGCUGUCCAUCGGAGGGUGGAACUUUGGCACAUCGAGGUUCACCACGAUGCUGUCCACAUUUGGCAACCGGGAGAAGUUUAUCAAUUCCGUGAUAGCCCUCCUGAGGAAACAUGGCUUUGAUGGUCUGGACCUCUUCUUCUUGUACCCUGGACUCAGAGGCAGCCCCAGGCGUGACCGCUGGACCUUUCUCUUCUUACUUGAAGAGCUCCUGCUUGCUUUCAGGAAGGAGGCGCAGCUCACCAUGCGUCCAAGGCUGCUGCUCUCUGCUGCUGUCUCUGGGGACCCCCAUGUCAUCCAAAAAGCAUAUGGUGCACGCCUCCUGGGAAGAUUUGCUCCUUCAUCCGGAGAGCGAAGAAGCGCUGGAUUGAUAAUCAAUACGUCCCAUAUGCCUACAAGGGGAAGGAGUGGGUUGGCUAUGAUGAUGCCAUCAGCUUCAGUUACAAGAAUCAUCCUGAGGAAAGGCAAAUCUAUCCGUGAGGUGAUGGAGCAGCAGGGUGUACUGGAGAAAUUCCUAAAGAACCGCCUAAAGGUUGAUCCAGCUGCCAAGUAUCGUUUCAGUAAUGAUGCUGUUGCUUAUGAGCCCUUCACCAACUACCUGGAUUCUUUCUACUUUGGGGAGAUCAGCAUUGGAACACCACCCCAAAAUUUCCUGGUCCUCUUUGACACGGGCUCCUCCAACCUCUGGGUGCCCUCCACCUACUGCCAGACCCAGGCCUGCUCCAACCACAAUAGGUUCAACUCCAGCCAGUCCUUCACCUUCAGGCUCAAUGGGCAAACCUAUACACUGUCCUAUGGGAGUGGCAGCCUGAGUGUGAUCCUAGGAUAUGACACUGUGACUGUGAGUGAGGUUCUCAUAGCUGCUGAGGGAGUUGGCCUGAGUGAGAGUGAGCCCAGCGAUCCCUUCUACUAGUCGUACUUUGAUGGGAUUCUGGGAAUGGCUUACCCCAGCUUGGUGGUGGCGGGCACCCCAACAGUCAUGCAGAACAUGGUGCAGCAGGACCAGCUCACCGAACCCCUCUUCAGCUUCUACUUCUCUCGCCAACCAACCUAUCAGUAUGAUGGAGGGCUCACUGGGGGUAUGAACAGCCAGCUCUAUUCUGGUCAGAUCGUCUGGACCCCUGUCACCCGGGAAAUGUACUGGCAGAUAGACAUCGAGGAGUUUGCCAUCAGUGACGAGGCCACUGGCUGGUGUUCCCAGGGCUGCCAGGCCAUUGUGGAUAUGGGGACCUCCUGGCUGGCUGUUCCCCAGCAGUACAUGACCUCCUUCCUGCAGUCAAUAGGAGCCCAGGAGGACCAGAAUGGUGAUUUUGUGGUCGACUGUGACUCCGUGCAGGACCUGCCUGCCAUCACCGUCAUCAUCAGUGGGUCCCCGUUCCCGCUACCUCCCUCUGCCUAUGUUCUUCAGAAUGAUGACUACUGCACGCUGGGGGUUGAGUCCUCCUACGUGCCCUCCUCCAGCGAGGAGCCCCUGUGGAUUCUGGGCGAUGUCUUCCUCAAGGAGUAUUACUCUGUCUUUGGCUUGGGCAACAACCGGGUGGGCUUUGCCCUCUCCGCCUAG